AUGAGCGACACGGCCACGCCGCCUUCAGUUCUCGACAGCAGCCCCGCCGCGACUGCCGUUGACUUGCCAGCGAAGACACCGCCGAACCCACCACCGACGACCACCUCGUCAUCACCCUCGUCGCCCAAACCGCUUAGGCACAUUCCUGCCCACAUUGAAAGCACUACCAAGCUCGCGAGAAAUGUAUCCCCAGGCCUCCUGGCACGCAUGAAAUUUCUCAACCAGAUCAACGACAACAACAACAAGAGUGCUGUCGACGUCGGCCGCAUCGAGGAAGACCGCCUGCGCCGCCUGGACGAGUUCCGCAAAGCCCGCAGCCUCGAGAUUGAGCGCCGCGGCACCGCCUGGAGUGGAAAGCAAGCUGGGCAGGGUCCACCAGGUGCUGUAGCUGCAGCACAAACGCCGCUCGUGCCCCAGUCAACCGGCGAGAGCGUCCCGACGCUGGUCAUGGAGCCCGACUUCGACAGCGACCACAGCAGCGUCGUCUCCACCAGCGACAAAGUCCUCCCGUCCGAGUCCGAGGCCGAGAUCGAGCUUGACAUGCAAAAGUACCGCCUGCCCGAUGUCACCAAGCCAGAAAAGGCCCUCAGCGGUACCAUCACCGCUGCUGAGCCCGAGCCCACACCACCGCCCGCACCCCCCCAGAUAGAACCAGAGCCCAUCGCGCCUGUCGAAACAGAGCCCGCCGCACCCACGCCCCCACCCAAAGACACGCCACCCCUUCCCUCACCACCCGCCCCAGUCGCCGAAGAGGAGCCCUCUGUGCUAGACGACAACAAUGGCAUCGACAUCGAGUCCUACUUCCAGAAGCGCCACUACCCGCGCGCUGGCUCCAUCUACACCCUCUCCAAAGUCAGCUUCACCAAUCAGAUCCAGCAGUUGACCUCCAUGAAGCUUCCGCCCACGACCAUCGCGUCCGAAAUCACCGCCCUCCCCACGUCCGUCCAGGCCGGACGCGCACUGCACAAGGCGGCCAACGACAUCCGACUGUGGGUCUCCAAGACGAAAGAUGUCCUGAGCGGCCUCGACGCAGAGGACGACGUAGAAUGGGCUGCAGCUGCCGGAAGGGAAGGACUGGAGGAGGUGGAUGCCGCCAUCGGCAAGUUCGAGGGGCUCGUCAACGUCUACAUCAGCGCCAUCGAAGAUCUGCAGUCGCGUCCCGACAUUGCGCUCCUACCCACCAAAGACCAGACCACGCUUGUGAGCCAAAUGGAAGACAUCGUGAUGGACUGGGGUGAGAUCAAGCAGACGCUCAAGGGCAUCAAGAACCAGGUCGAAGUGGCCAUGGAGUGGGAAGAGCUGUGGAACAACGUACUCGGCGAAAUUGGCGUUGAGGUCGAGAACCUCAGUCGUCUAGUGUUUGAGAUGGAGGAGCGCAGACAUCGCGUCAUCUCCGACUCGGUCGCUGAAGCCCCAGAGAAAUUCGACAUUUCCGAGCUCGAGACCGUUGUUAAAGAGAUCCCCCGGAAGCAGGCUAUACUGAACAGCAAGCGGCUUAGUAUGCCGCCUGCCCUCUCCAUCGUCUCGCCCACUUCACCCAUUCCGCAAAUCGAACAGGAGAACUCACGCCUACUAGCCCUUUUCGCAAAGCUGCAGCCACUCCGUGCUUCCCUUGAUUUCCUCCCUAUGCGACUGAACGCCUUCCAGAUGCGCGCAAGCACAAUCUUCCCGUCCGCGUGUGACGAACUCGUACGAAGAAAGGAACAGCUGGAGGCAUCAGAGGAGAAGCUCGAAGCCGAAGCAAACGCGCUGAGAGAAGAGCUGGGUGAGGACAAAUGGGUGCACAGCUUCCGUCAAGCGGGUAGCAAGGCUGUCGCCAUGUACGAGUCGUGCAUGAAGAGCAUCCAGAGACUGCAGCAAGCCAUCGACGACAGCGACGAGGAGAAGCUGACUACACGUAUUGCCACCUACAAAGACAAGAGGGACCACUACCCUCCGUCAAUGAGGCGUGUACUUGAGCUGAUCGACAUUGAGAUGAAACAUAGGUCCACCGUCAACGGUGAGAUCCUGCGUAUACAACAAGACGUCCGCGCAAAGGUGGAGGACUUGGAGGAAGUGACUGGAAAUAUGGACGCCAUCUUGGACGAUUUUACCAGAUCACGCAAACUCCGUGACUCAGUAUCCACAGUACUAACAGAAGCCUCACUUCCACACUCGAAUCUCGACACACCAGGUACUUCUCCUGCUUCGAGUGUCGUCAUGAGCCGUAAGAGUAGUGGGCAUGGGCCUGCUGUUACUCCCGCCAACAAGAAACCUCGUCAGUCAAGUGUCGCGAGCUCGAAAUUGUCAGCACCUUCUAACCGGCGAUACUCGAGCAUACCCCUAGGCGGCGAAAGUGUCGCUUCCCGCAAAUCUACAUCGUCAGCACGCUUAGACUUUACACCCUCACGUGCCAUGUCUGGUACUGCAGCUAGUCAGGCACGCGCAAAGACCCCGACUGAAAGACCUGCUGCCAAACCUCGCUGGACCUCCGACUUUUACCACAUGCGUGACACUGUCGUUGGGCACAACUUCAAGCCAUCGUCUUUGACGACUCCCUCACCUUUCCGGAAAGACACAGACUCACCGGAUGGAUCUCGGAAAGGCUCAGCGAGCCGUUCUUCCAUACCUCUGAGAAGCCCGUUGAGCCGCUCGUCAACGACAGCGCCGCCCACAUCUAGUCGUUCUGCAUCUACUACUCCAGGACAGCAGCGCCUCACUCGAUCAUUGGCGAGCUCAACUAGCUCCCCUGUUACUCCCGCAAAGGGCAAGCUGCCGAUACGUUCUACACCCCUUUCUUCACCUCAGGUGAAAGCAAGCACGCCAGCAUCUAGUCGUCGCGUCUCAACAGUAGCGGAGGAUAGCAGGAGCCCUGCCAAGGAAGAAAGCCCCGCAGCCCGUCGCGCAUCACGACCUCCGAGUGUUACAGCGAGCCGUCGCAGCAGCCUACUUCCUACACCUAAGUCGCGUACUACAUCUGCUUCCAAGGUCAUAGAGACAACCCCUCCUAAGCGUACCAGCAGCAGGCUUGAUAGCUUGGCUGAAAGCCGUACUUCCAGCCGUGUUAGCGGUCGUCAAUCGAGCCAGGGAGAUCGACCUGUGUGGAGAUAG